AUGAGUGAAGAAAAUGAAGGCGAUUCUAGAAGUUCUAAAAAAGGAUCAACGCAUGUAAAUAAGCGUCGUAAGUUUUCAGAAGAAUACAUAACUUUUGGUUUCACGAAUAUAAAUGUAAACAACGAAGAAAGACCCCAAUGCGUCAUAUGCUAUGAAAUAUUAUCGAACAAGUCCAUGAAACCAGCAAAACUUCGACGUCAUUUACAAACCAGACAUACAGAUUAUCUUACAAAAUCUAAACAAUUUUUUGAAUCGAAAGCAGCUGAAUUAGAACAAAGUAAAAAAUUAAUUAAAAAGACUGCAAUUGGAACUAAUAAUGAAAGAGCUGUAACAGCAUCUUAUCAAGUACCUUUACUUGUUGCAAAAAGUGGCAAACCACAUACUAUCGUUGAAGAAUUGAUCCUACCAGCUGCAAAAAUUAUGGUUUCUGCUAUGUUAGGAGAUAAAGCAUCAAAUGAAUUAAGUACGGUUUCUUUAUCAAAUAAUACAGUUAAGAACAGAAUUGUUGAAAUGUCAGAAAACAUUAAAGAACAGCUUAUUUCAAAUAUCAAAACAAGUAAAUUUUAUUCUUUACAAUUAGAUGAAAGCACAGAUAUUUGCAAUGACGCAAAUUUACUUGCAUAUGUCCGUUAUGAAAAUCAUAAUACUAUUACUGAAGAUUUUUUUAUUUUGCAUAUCUCUACCUUCCAAUACUACAGAGAAGCUUUAGCUGCAAAAAAUAUGCCAGAAAAAUUAAAUGAAGUUUUGCGUGAUAUUGUGCAAGUAGUUAACUUAAUAAAAGCUAGAUCUUUGAAUUCUCGCAUUUUUAAUUUAAUUUGUGAAGAUAUGGGAAGUAUACACAAGCAGUUGCUAUUGCACGCUGAAGUACGCUGGUUAUCGCGAGUUCCUGACAAAAAUAAAAAUUGGGUAGUAGACCCUUUUAAUGCAGAUGUCCCUGAUAUAACUGGUUUAACAACAACACAAGAAAAUCAAUUAAUCGAAAUAUCCAGUAAUUCUAAUUUAAAAAGGGUUUUCAAAGAAUCUUCUUUGUCUUCUUUUUGGUUGAGUAUAAGACAAGACUAUCCAGAAAUAUCGGACUCAGCACUAAGGCCAUUGAUGCUUUUUUCAACAACUUAUCUCUGUGAAAAAGGAUUUUCAGCUUAUGUGUACACUAAAAAUAAAUAUAGAAAUCGAUUAAAUAUAGAAUCAGAUUUACGUAUUCAACUUUCUAAUAUAGAUCCUAAAAUACCAGAUUUAGUAUUAAAGAAACAACACCAUCCAUCACAUUAA